AGGUGAGUCCGCCGCCGGUGGGCGCGGGGUGCGGCCUGUCGGCGGCGCUGCCUUCCCGGGGGCCAUCCCGGCUGGUACGCGGACACCAAGCUGAGCCGCGCCGGGAGCGCCGGAGCUUCGUCAGGCCCGGGGCUAGCUGGGGUGUGGAGCCCGAGCCGGGCUCUUUCGGAGGCCGGAACGGCUGGGCCUUCGGACCCUUGGAACGAGCCGCCACCGUGUCUCCGAGGCUUCCGCUAACUCCCAGCCCCGGCGGGCGCCGCGGCCUGCUGGGACCACCCCGCGGUGAGAGGCCGGAGGUCUGCCCAACCAGAACACAGGACAGCUGGUGGCGGCUGUCUGACAACUUGAACUUCUCCUAGGUCUUGUUGCGCAUUUCUUCUUCUGAGACUUGGUGCGCUCAUCGGUGAAAUAAAAGCAGUAACUCCCCUACAGUUUCCUUUGAGGACUUUCUGACUUUUCUCCUUCACAAGAUAGUUCUAGAAACUAUCGGAAAGACAGACUCUUUCCACUCCCAGGGACUGUGUUGUCUUCAGGAGUUUGGAGUCAAGGCCAGUGAAUGAGAAGGGCCUGUCUGCAUCCUGUCCUCAACAUCUUCAGAAGAACUUCGCUUCUGGCAUUUAGGAAGACUUCUCCAGGGCUAUGAUCCCUCAGGCUUGAGCUGUUUACGAGGAGAAAAAAGCUGUCUCCUGAGCCCCAAAAUGGCAGCUAAGAUGGAGAUAACUUUGAGUUGUCAGUCCCACAUUCAGGCUUCUUCCAAGCCAGAGAGACAUAUCAUAACAAAGCUAGAAGAGAAGCGGGGGGCGGUUCUGCAAAAAGACUGUCCCAAUCCCGAAGCCUGCCGCCAGAGCUUUAGACGGCUUUGUUAUCAAGAGGUGUCUGGACCCCAAGAAGCACUCUCCCGGCUCCGACAGCUUUGCUGGCAGUGGCUGCAGCCGGAGAUGCACACCAAAGAGCAGAUCUUGGAGCUGCUGGUGCUGGAGCAGUUCCUGAACAUCCUGCCCCCCGAAAUCCAGGCUCAGGUCAGGCAUCGAUGUCCAAUGAGCAGCAAGGAGAUGGUGACUCUGGUGGAAGAUUUUCACAGAGGAGCCAAGAGACCAAAGCAAUGGGUGGCUGUUUGUAUGCAGGGGCAGAAAGUGCUCUUGGAGAGAACUGGAUCUCAGCUUGGAGAACAGGAACUGCCAGACUUUCAACUGCAAACUCCUAGGAGAUACCCUAGGGAGAACUGUUUGGAGGAGCCUUUCCAGGCAGGACUUCUGGACCAGUUUAGCCCCCAUCAGUGGGAAAAAUCCCCACUCCUUCUGGAGCCAGCCACCAAAUUGGCUGGGACAGAGGCCCCCAGAAUGAAAAGUGAGAACAAGGAGAAUCCACAACAGGAAGGGGCUAAAGGAGCAAAGCCAUGUGCAGUGUCACCCAGCAGACUCAAAGGGAAUCGUCUGCAGAGUCCUGAACCAAGAGGGGCAAAUAUGAGUGAAUCCUGGUUGUCGCGAAGGCAGGUCAGCCCCCCAAAUGCUCAAAAGCCGUUCACUCACUUCCAGAGACAUUACAGGGAACUGGAAUAUAUCAGUAGCCCCCUAAAAAAUCAUCUACUGAGAGAGCUGAAGAAAAGCAAAGGAAGUAAAAGAAGCCUGAGCAGUCAUUUGCAACAUCUUAGUCACCAGAUGACCCACUCAGUGAAGAAACCUUACAAAUGUGAUGACUGUGGGAAAAGCUUCACAUGGAAUUCAGAGCUGAAAAGACACAAGCGAGUCCACACAGGUGAGAGACCCUAUACCUGUGGAGAAUGUGGCAACUGUUUUGGGCGGCAAUCAACUCUGAAACUGCACCAGCGGAUCCACACUGGAGAGAAGCCAUACCAGUGUGGCCAGUGUGGGAAAAGCUUUCGCCAGAGUUCAAACCUUCACCAGCAUCAUAGACUUCACCAUGGAGACUGAAAGCAAAGCUUUGGUCAAUUUGUUCAGAAGGAAGGUAUUUGUGUUUCUCCUUUCCCUUAUUUAUAUAUAAAUUAUAAAGACUGUCUGCGGGACUUAUAAGGAAUGCAAGAGGUCCCUGGAGAAUGAUAGUGUACAUUUCUCUGGUGAGGGAUCUCAGAAGAAGCUGUUGGGGACAUGACCAUGCAUGGUGACAGGGUAAAGAAAUGGCAGGUUUGAACAUUGGUUGAAAGGGAACUAGGGUCUCUGCUGGAGAGUGGGGCAUAACUACUGAAGGAGCAUCAGGAUGAUCCUACAGGAGUCCCUGUCCCAUGUGAAAUCUUUUCUGCACUGCUUUAUUUAUCCUCAAAGGUAUAUUCUAUAUAUAGUUAUACAUUUGCUGUUAUACCAGGCAAUCUUUAUCAUGUACACACUUCUUUAAUAAAGAUGGGUGAUACACAAGAAUUUCAAAGCAAAAGUUCAUUGGAAUAUAAACACCCUAGUAUUCUUUCUGUAAUUCCUGGCUGUUCAUAACAAAGGACACAUGAAGGGAGAAUAUGAACAUACUUGUUUGAGGAGAGGGUUUCCAUGCUCUUACCACACACACAUAUUGAGGGAUCUUUUUAUAUCAAAGCACCCUUGAUUUAGGAAAAGAAAAUCUACACAGCUGCUUCAAUCCUGUCCAAGGGAUAGGGAAAAGCUACAACCAGGAGCAAGUAGUGGAUGUUGAUCGCUAAGCAGAUGUCAAAGGGAAUCCUUAGGACUCUCCUUCCUCUCUUGCCAGUAGCUUUAGGAAUAACAGAAUAAUUGGGUAAAUGAAAAUGUUCUAAAACUGGAUUAUUUCAGUAUGUUUACUGAGAAUUAUUGAAAUGGGUUAAUUAUAUAUAUAAUUAAGCCAAAAUGAGGUUUCUAAAAAUGACAAAAUAUACUUAUUUAAGAUGUUAAAGUCCUGGAACUAUGCCUGAGAGAUUACCUAAUCCCAUUCCUUUAUUCUCUCAUAGUGGAAAUUAAAAUGCAAUUAUACAAUUUUUAGUUACCCUGGGCAAGCCAGCUGAUCCCCCAGUUGAGAGGAAACUUUGGUAGAUGGGUGCACUCUCAAACAGAAAACUGGUAGGUAGCAUUCUUCCUAAAGCAUCAGUAUCCUAAAGCCUUCUGGGGACUCUGAGAGGUGAAUCUUGUUUCCUUUUGUUUUUCAGUUUCUAGUGGCUGCUUGUAUUCCUUGUACAUUUGAGUACAUUUUGCCCCCUCAGGACUGUGGCUUGUGCUGUCAUUCUUCCUUACAGCAAAGGGUCAAGUGCACACACUUACAUUUCUGCCUUCCAGAUAUUUGUAUACAGUUUCAUUUGCCUUUAGAGCCUGCAACACGCCCCCCUUCCAUCCUCUCUCACUUCACAAGAGUUGCCUGCUCUGCAAAUCCUUCUCUGACAAGUUCUAAGCAUACUUAGACUUAAUGGCAUGUCAUUCCCUGUACCACUCUGCUCACCAGUGGUGCUCAAACUGGGAGUACAUUUUGCCCCCCAGAGAUUUGGCAAUGUCUGGAAACAUUGUUGGGGAAGGAGGGAUAGCUCCUGGCCCCUAGUGGGUUGAGACCAAGAGUACAGCUAAAUAUCCAACAGUGCACAGGAUGGCCCCCACAACAGAAUUAUCUGAUCUAAAAUGUAUGUAGUUCCAGGGUUGGGGAGCUGAAUCAUACA